GUAAUUUAACAAGCAGUAAUCAUAGCAGCUGUUUUGGGUUUGUUUGUGUUGCUGCUAUUUUUUUCUCUUAGUAGUUUAUCUUGUAACAAAAAGAAUAAACUUACCAAAUUAAAAUUUGGUGAACACUAGGUUACUUAUUUUUGGCAGCUUAAGUUUGAGGAUAUAGUCAGAGUAAACCAACAAUGUGUGUUGGAAGUAUUUGCAGUCUUUACCUAUAAUAGUUAAAUUUAGACGAAGAUCUACGUAUGUUGUGGGGGAGUAGCCAAACACAGGCAGCAAAAACUUCACAAUACAUUCCUGGGCUGUCCUUAACUGCCAGCAUCUGAUUAGAACCAUAACUCUGGCUGUAAGAGGCUCAGUAAACCUCCAAGAAACAAAAUACGACUGAAAUCUAAACAGGCACCCUUUAUCACUACUCUGACAUCUGGGUAAGAAAAGAAUAUGCAGAAACCCAAAAGGACUACAGAAGCUUUUGUUUGACUGAUUUACAUUAUUAAAAAAAAAAAAAAAUUCGGGAAACAAGGAAGUCCAAAUACAGCUCGUUAAAAUUUGACUGAGGCAGGCCUCGCACUAUGGCAACAGAAAUCGCAAGUAGCCAGAAUGAUGUGUCCCUGACAAAAACACUAUCAAAAAAGAAAAAAGGUGUUAUUGAAAAGACUGACGAGUAUCUGCUGGCCAGAUUCAAGGGAGAUGGUGUCAGAUAUAAGGCCAAACUGAUUGGCAUCGAUGAAGUGCCAGAGGCAAGAGGUGAUAAAAUGAGCCAGGACUCCAUGAUGAAACUGAAGGGAAUGGCGGCUGCUGCUCGCUCCCAAGGACAGCAUAAACAGCGAAUAUGGGUUACAGUAUCUUUGUCUGGCAUGAAGAUAAUAGACGAAAAGACAGGGGUGAUCGAACAUGACCAUCAGGUAAACAAAAUUUCAUUUAUUGCCCGUGAUAUUACAGACAGCCGUGCAUUUGGUUAUGUUUGUGGAGCAGAAGGGCAGCAUCAGUUUUUUGCAGUGAAAACUGCACAGCAGGCUGAACCUCUAGUGUCUGAUCUCAAAGAUCUUUUCCAGUUGAUCUUUAACAUGAAGAAAAAGGAGGAAGAAAAAAAUCCGGGCCAGGAAAAUAAUGGACCAGUUCAGAAUGGCAGUGAUGCUCUUUUGACACUUUCUGAUGAUGUUAACAAACUUAAACUAGGUGUUGAUCAGACAGAUUUGUUUGGGAAUAUGUCUACUCCUCCAGACUUGAAUUCUCCAGUGGAAUCUAAAGAUGUGCUCUUACUGGAUCUAACGUCUGAAAUUGACUCUAAUCAAAACUGUAUAAAAGGAAAUCCAUUCCUAAUGAAUGGCUUCAGUCCUUAUUCUUCCCACCUUAAAACUGUGUCUCAGAUGUGUUUUUCACCUGAAAAUCCUUUUUCCACCAAUCUGAACAUUUUUCCUACACCAGAUUCCGAUCCUUUCAGUGAUGAUCCUUUCACAAAUUCAGGCCAAUCAGUGCACUCUGAUUCAACAAAUUCUUUAAAUUCUAUCAAUCUCAGCAAUGGUGAUUUGAAGGGCUUUAUUAAUGGAUGCAAGAAAAAUGGUGAUGCUGACUGUUUAGACCAGUUUGGGAUGGCUAAUAAAAGUGACCAGCAUGUAAAUUGUGAUGCGUGGCUGUUUGAUAAGGAAGCAUGUGAUGGUCAAAAUGGUGUAGUAGAAGGACCUCUUGUGAGAUCUUCACAAAAUCCUUUUGUAGAAACCUCAAAAGUGCAACCACUACAGAAUGGCCUAAGCCACGAGCUACAUAAAUCUGACAGGAAGAUGGACCACACUGAUUCGCAGUCAUCUGAUAUCAUAACUAUUAGCCCACCACCUCAAAGCGCAAAACCAGGAAGAGGCAGGAGGAAUGUUAAGUCUUCCACAGAUGUAUUUGGAACAGAUGCCUUUUCACCAAAUACUCCCUCUACACCACAGUCACCACCUGUAUCCCAGCCUGUUGCACCCCAGGUAAAUCCCUUGGACCUCUUCAAAACUGCACCAGUCACUGCCAUGCCACUGGCCACACCUCUUGGAGGACCAAUCGGAGGGAUGCCUGCUGGAACUACAUCUGUAGCACCAUGGGGUCAACAACAAUCUGUUUUUGCUCAGAGCCCUGGACCCAUCAUGGGGCAACCUGCAGGUUUUGGUGUUCAGGGAACCACCAGCUGGCAGCAGCCUCAGUUUGGUGUACCAUCACAAGCUCCUGGCUCCUGGGGUCAGGUAGUACCUGGUCAACCUAAUGCAUGGCCACAGCCCACAGCUGCAGUUAAUCCAUUUCAAAACAGUAUGUUUCCUGCUUCUGGGUCUGUACCUCAGUUAGGUUCAGUAAUGUCGCCUCCUAAUACAGUACCUCGUCGACCGUCACCAAAACCAGAACCUCUGAAAGAAGCUGUUGAAAAGACUGACAUGUUCACUGCCCUGGAUCCACUAGGGGACAAAGAAAAGAAAAAUGCCAAAGACCUCUUCAAAGACUUCCAGCUAGCAAAGCCUCCAGCAGUGCCAGCAAGGCGCGGAGAACAGAAUGUAAGCUGUACAUCAGGAGCAUUUUCCAACUACUUCUCUAGUAAAGUGGGCAUCGCUCAAGAUUCUGCCGAUUAUGACGACUUUGAUAUCAAGCAAAUGUCCAGUACAGCCAGUGAGCCUCCAAAGCCUACUCCACGACAGAACACUCCAUCUUCUGCACCUACACAGAACAUGUUUGAUAUAUUUGGGACAGAUCCAUUCAGUGCCCCCACACCAGUUGCUAGUACCUCUACAAUUGAACAAAAUUCUGAUCCAUUUGGAAAUGCCUCCAGCAUGGGACACAGUUCUCCUGACCUAUUUGGAAAUGCCUCCAGCAUGGGACACAGUUCUCCUGACCCAUUUGGAAAUCCCUUUGCAUAAAUGGUGAAUGCGGUAUUGGCUUAAAGACCUGGAAGUGUGUUCCAGAAGAGAAUGUUCCAGCAAAUGAGAAUUUAUAUGCUGUUCUGGUGCCAGAAUUUCGAGCAACCAAGAAUGUUGAUGCACCUUAGUAGAUUUCAUUUGUGUGGAUUUUGAUAAACCAACCAGGCAAACUGAAUUAAAAACAAAUCAACGUAAACAAAAGAAUAUACCAAAAAGGCAGUGAGCUGUGAAGUACAUUCCAGUGUUAUAACUUACCAGUGGCUUAGCUGUACCCAUUUUUAGGAUUUCAGGAAUGUAAUUUAUGCAGACUUGAUAAACCCGAAUAAGUAUUUCACACAGUCUUGUCUUGUGUGCUCAAGUACUUCACUAAAUUUAAUCCUACACCAAAAAUUGAUAUUGCUGUGCAUGUGUUACAAAGUGGAACUGCAUAAUGCAUUUUGGGGGACACUUAAACACUAAUAACUGGCUUUAAAAUACACUGGAGAUCAGGAAUUAUCUGUGGGUUGUAAUUGCCUAGCUUUUGUAAAGCUGAUAUCACUUUCUUCACAUGUACCUUUUUUACCUUGUCCUUUUCACAAGCACUUGAAGUAGUCGUCGUCAUUUGCUACAGAAUGAAAUAUGAAUUUGUGUUGAAAUUGUCAGCUGUAGUUUGCAUAAUCAGGAAAAAAGUCUACAGUAUCAAUUGCAGGAUAUUGUUUUUGGGUAAUGUGUUUUGAAGUACUGAUGGGUAUGUGAGCAUCUGUCAAGUUUCUCAUCACAGCACUGGGAUGAAUGGUCAUGCAAUUGUGUAAUCUGACUGUACAUAAACAUGUACACUAUCCAACACUUGGUAGUUUUCCACAUGGACUCUCAAUGGCACAUGUUGACCUCUUGAUCGAAGUUUUAAAUUUUAGUGCACCAAACGAAUUUAACCCCCCCAUGAAAUGCACCCGCACUCUUUUCCAGAUGUGAAAUGCAGGCAUUACUUCUGGUUUUAUUUUAUGUGCAAAUUUCCCAGUGAUGACAUUUCAAUUUGUUUCUGAAUUUAAUGUUCUGAACAUUUUACAGAAUAUAUUUAGAUAUGAAUCUAAAAACCUGUUUUGCUCUGUAUAUAUCCAAUAUGCACUUUCCUGUAACACAUGGUUGACCAUAAACUGAUCAAUAACUGGAAAUGUAUGAAAAAAUACUUGUGAAUCUAGAAAUUUAUAUUACCUUGUAAUAAAAAAUAUGCUAAUAUGUGAGUGGAGUAAUUUCUUAAAACAUCCCAAAGUACUUAAAUUAUGUUCUGUACUAGCAAAUCAAUAACAAAAUAAAGCUAUAUUUAUAUAUA